UCCCUUGUUGGGAAUUCUUUAUGCCCAGAUUUCUGGUGACAGCUCCUGGGAUGAUCAGGCCUGGAGGAAAUGUGACUAUUGGGGUGCAGCUCCUGGAACACAGCCCCUCACAGGUCACAGUGAAGGCGGAGCUGGUCAAGACUGCUGCAAACCUUACCAUCUCUGUCCUGGAAGCAGAAGGAGUCUUUGAAAAAGGCUCUUUCAAGACACUUAUUCUUCCAUCACUACCUCUGAACAGUACCAAUGAGAUUUAUGAGCUCCGUGUAACUGGACGUGCACAGGAUGAGAUUUUAUUCUCUAACAGUACACGUUUAUCAUUUGAGACCAAGAGAAUGACUGUCUUCAUUCAAACAGACAAACCCCUGUACAAGCCAAAGCAAGAAGUGAAGUUUCGUAUUGUGACACUCUUCGCAGAUUUUAAACCUUGCAAAACCUCUUUAAACAUUCUAAUUAAGGAUCCCAAGUCAAAUUUGAUCCAACAGUGGUUGUCAGAACAAAGUGACCUUGGAGUAGUUUCUAAAACUUUUCAAUUAUCUUCCCAUCCGAUACUUGGUGACUGGUCCAUUCAAGUUCAAGUGAAUGACCAGACAUAUCAUCAAUUAUUCCAGGUUUCAGAAUAUGUAUUACCAAAAUUCGAAGUUGCUCUACAGACGCCAUUAUAUUGUUCUUUAAAUUCUAAGAGUUUAAAUGGUACUGUCACAGCAAAGUAUACAUAUGGGAAGCCCGUAAAAGGAGAUGUAACACUUACAUUUUCACCUUUAUCUUUCUGGGGCAUAAAGAAAAAUAUUACAAAAAAAUUUAAGAUAAAUGGAUCUGCAAACUUCUCUUUUAAUGAUGAAGAGAUGAAAAAGGUAAUGGACUUUUCAGAUCGGCUUCCUGAACACAUGUCUCUGUCUUCCCCUGGGCCGGUAGAAAUUUCAGCCACAGUGACAGAAUCACUUACAGGUAUCUCAAGAAAUGCAAACUCCAAUGUAUUUUUCAAGCAGCACGAUUACAUCAUUGACUUUUUUGAUUAUGCUACUGUCUUGAAGCCAUCUCUCAACUUCACAGCCACUGUGAAGGUAACAUGUUCUGAUGGCAAGCCACUCACCCUUGAGGAAGGAAUGAAUACCAUAGUUGUGAUGGUGACACAGACAAACUCUACAGAGUACGGGAGCAGAUGGAACAGUAUAAAUCGGGACAUGGAAACUGUCCAGAUCAUAAACUAUACCGUCCCCCCAAAUGGAAUCUUUCAGAUUGAAUUUCCAAUCCUAGACAAUUCCACUCACCUGCAAUUAAAGGCCUAUUUUCUUAAUAGUGUGGGUAGCAUGGCGGUUCAUGAUGUAUUUAAGUCUCCUAGUAAAACAUACAUCCAGCUAAAAACAAGAGAUGAAAAUAUAAAGGUGGGAUCACCUUUUGAGUUGGUUGUUAGAGGCAACAAGCAAUUGAAGGAGUUCAGCUACAUGGUAGUAUCCAGGGGACAGUUGGUGGCUGUAGGCAAGCAAAACUCAACAGCCUUCUCUUUAACACCAGAAAAUUCUUGGGCUCCAAAAGCCUGUAUAAUUGUGUUUUAUAUUGAAGAUGAUGGGGAAAUUGUAAAUGAUGUUCUAAAAAUUCCUGUUCAGCUUGAUUUUAAAAAUAAGGUAAACCUAUUUUGGAGUAAAGCUAGUGCCGAACCAUCUGAGAAAGUCUCUCUUAGGAUCUCUGUGACGCAGCCCAACUCGAUAGUGGGGAUUGUAGCUGUUGACAAAAGCGUGCACCUGAUGAACACCUCAAAUGAUAUCACCAUGGAAAAUGUGGUCCAUGAGUUGGAACUUUAUAACACGGGAUAUUAUUUAGGCACGUACAUGAAUUCAUUUACAGUCUUUCAGGAAUGUGGCCUCUGGGUAUUGACGGAUGCAAGCCUUGUGAAGGAUCGUGUUGAUGGUAUUUAUGAAAGCGAUGUGCUUUAUACAUAUUACUCCCUGGAGGAAAAGGAAGGAUACUCGGUAGAUAUACCUGACUUUUCUUCAGUUGGCAAUCCACGUGUCAGAAAGCAUUUUCCAGAGACUUGGAUUUGGCUAGACACCAACAUGGGUUCCAGGAUUAACCAAGAGUUUGAAGUUACUGUACCUGAUUCUAUCACUUCUUGGGUAGCUACUGCUUUUGUGAUCUCCGAGGACUUAGGUCUUGGACUUACAACCACUCCAGUGGAGCUACGAGCCUUCCAGCCAUUUUUCAUUUUUUUAAAUCUUCCCUACUCUGUGAUCAGAGGUGAAGAAUUUGCUUUGGAAGUGACCAUAUUCAAUUAUUUGAAAGAUGCCACUGAGGUUAAGGUGAUCAUUGAAGAAAGUGACAAAUUUGAUAUUCUAAUGACUUUGAAUGAAAUCAAUGCCACAGGACACCAGCAGACCAUUCUGGUCCCCAGUGAGGAUGGGGCAACUGUUCUUUUUCCAGUCAAGCCAACACAUCUGGGGGAAAUUCCUAUCACAGUCACAGCUAUUUCACCUGAUGCUUCUGACGCUGUCACCCAGAGGAUUUUAGUGAAGGCUGAAGGGAUAGAAAAAUUAUAUUCACAAUCCGUCUUGUUGGACUUGACUGACAACAGGCUACAAACUAUGCAGAAAACUUUGAGUUUCUCCUUUCCUCCUAAUACAGUGAGUGGCAGUGAAAGAGUUCAGAUCACCGCAAUUGGAGAUAUUCUUGGCUCUUCCAUCAAUGGCUUAGCCUCAUUGAUUCGGAUGCCUUAUGGCUGUGGUGAACAGAACAUGAUAAAUUUUGCUCCAAAUAUCUAUGUUUUGGAUUAUCUGACUAAAAAGAAACAACUGACAGAAAAUUUAAAAGAAAAAGCCCUUUCAUUCAUGAGACAAGGUUACCAGAGAGAACUUCUGUAUCAAAGGGACGAUGGCUCUUUCAGUGCUUUUGGGAAUGAUGACCCUUCUGGAAGCACUUGGUUGUCAGCCUUUGUUUUAAGAUGUUUCCUUGAAGCUGAGCCUUACAUAGAUAUUGAUCAGAAUGUGCUGCACAGAACAUAUACAUGGCUCAAAGGACACCAGAAAUCCAAUGGUGAAUUUUGGGAGCCAGGAAGAGUGAUCCAUAGUGAACUUCAAGGUGGCAAUAAAAGUCCAGUAACGCUUACAGCUUAUAUUGUGACUUCUCUCCUGAGAUAUAAAAAGUAUCAGCCUAAUCUCGAUGUGCAAGACUCUAUCAAGUUUUUGGAGUCUGAAUUCAGUAGAGGAAUCUCGGACAAUUAUACUCUAGCUCUUACAACUUACGCACUGUCCUACGUGAGGAGCCCUAAAGCCAGGGAAGCUUUGGAUACGCUGACGCGGAGAGCAGAACGAGAAGAAGGCAUGCAGUUCUGGGUGUCGUCAGUGUCCGGACUUUCUGAAUCCUGGCAGCCCAGCUCCCUGGAUAUCGAGGUUGCAGCCUAUGUGCUGCUCUCACACUUCCUGCAGCAGCAGAUCUCAGAGGGAAUCCCAAUUAUGAGGUGGCUGAGCAGGCAAAGAAACAGCUUGGGAGGUUUUGCAUCUACCCAGGACACCAUUGUGGCCUUGAAGGCCCUAUCUGAAUUUGCAGCCCUGAUGAACACAGACAGGACAAAUAUCCAAGUGACUGUGACAGGGUCCGGUGCACCGAGUCCUGUAAAAUUUCGGAUUGACGCACACAACCGCUUUGUCCUCCAGACGGCAGAGCUUCCUGUGGGAGAGCCGACUGAAGUUAAUAUCUCCGCAAAUGGUUUUGGAUUUGCCAUUUGCCAGCUAAAUGUUAUUUGUAAUGUAAAAGAUUCAAAGUCUUCCAGAAGACAAAAAUCGAUCCAAAAUCAAGAAGCCUUUGAUUUAAAUGUUGCUGUAAAAGAUAAUACAGAUGAUAUCAAUCAUUUGAAUUUGAAUGUGUGCACAAGGUUUUUGGGCCCAGAAAGAAGUGGCAUGGCCCUGAUGGAAGUUAACUUGCUCAGCGGUUUUAUUGUGACCUCAGACGCAAUUCCUCUGAGCGACACGGUGAAGAAAGUGGAGCUUGAUCAUGGAAAACUCAACCUGUACUUAGAUUCUGUAAAUGCCACCCAAUUCUGUAUUGAUAUUCCUGCGGUGAGAAACUUUAAAGUUUCAAAUACACAAGAUGUUUCCGUGUCCAUAGUGGAUUACUAUGAACCAAGGAGAAAAGCGGUGAGAAGUUACAACUCCAGAAUGAAGCUGUCCUCUUGUGACCUCUGCAGAGACGUCCGAGGCUGUGGUCUUUGCAAGAAUGGAGCUCCUGCCUCCCUUCGUCACUCUUCAGUCAUUUUUGUUUUCUGUGUCAUGCUUCUGUUCUCGUUGCAACGUUGGCUGUGAUUUAUUUCUUAAGGACUCCACGGAACACCUUUCCAGAGUCACACGGGAUCGCCUUAUUUUCAUAAUCAAAUAUUGCUUCUGACUAUUUUGAAAAACAGUUUUUUUUCUUUUUAUGGGGUUGAGGGGAAUGCUUGUAUGACAGAUCCUAAUAUGUAUAGCUGCAUAGAUGUCUUCACCUGACUUCUGUGUGGAACAAAAUCUAGAAUUAUUGCAAUUGUAUAUCUUUAUUUUUUCCUCUUAAAAUGUUUUAGGAUUUUUGGGGAGGUCUUGUUUUCUCCAGAAUAAAUGUGUUAUUUUAGAUCCAU